GACAGCUUUUGUUUAGAGCGGAAAAAUUUGAUUACGAAACAAUUUUUUUGUUUCUCCUUUGUUCGUUGAUGCCAUUAAACUGAUUUUUUUUUUUUUUACUGUUAUAAUAUAAUUUUUGAGAUUAUGGAUUUCAGUGACAAAAUUGCUAUUGUAACCGGUGGAGCACAAGGAGUAGGGAAAGCAAUUGUUUUUGCGUUAUUGAAUAAGGGAAUGAAAGUAUGCAUUUGUGAUAUUGAUCAAGAUUCAGCUGACCAGUUUAUUAAAACACUUCCUGAUAUUCAGAAAAACAAAUUAAUAUUUAUAAAAUGUGAUGUAUCAUUAUUUUCGGAAUUUAAAAUUGCUUUUGAAAAAGUUCAGGCAACUUUGGGAGAAAUUGACUUGCUUGUGAACAAUGCAGGAUUAGUUAAUGAGCAUGACUGGAAGAGAAUGAUUGAUGUAAAUUUUAUUGGAGUGAUUCAUGGAAUAAAACUUGCUUUUCAUUACAUGAAUAAAAAUGGUGGUGGGCAUGGUGGUUUUGUUAUCAAUAUUGGCUCAAAUGCAGGUUUUGAAUCAUUUGAAUUAGGCCCUAUAUAUGCUGGAUGUAAACAUGGCAUUAAUGGCAUAACUAAAAGUUAUGGUACUGAGUUUCACUGGGAAAGAACUGGAAUUAAAGUCAAUGCAGUUUGUCCUGGUCCUGUAAACACAGCACUUUUCCAUACUUUUCCUGACAUGUGUCUGGAUAAAGAAGUAGCUUUGAGACAUAAUAACUCUGUGAAAUUCAUCCAAAGAAGUGCUGAUGCUGUAAUAUUUGUCCUUGAAGAAAACAAAAAUGGUGCUUUGCUGAGAGUAGAUUGGGGUGCACAAGGUAUUGGUAGAGCUUAUGCUAAGGCAUUAUUGGAUAUAGGAAUGAAAGUAUGUGUAUGUGACAUCCUGGAAAGAGAGGCUUUGGAAUUCAUAGAAAGUCUUCCGGAGAAUCAGAAAAGUAAUGCGAUCUUUCAGAAAUGUGAUGUGUCAUUAUUAGCUGAUUUGAAAAGUUUGGAACCCUUGUACUUAGCCCCAGUGUAUAGUGCGACUAAAUGCGGUGUUGUUGGAUUCACAAAAAGCCUCGGAUCGGAUUAUCAUUACAAAAAAACCGGCAUUAAAGUCAAUGCUAUAUGCCCAGGACCAAUAGAUACAGUUCUUUUCCAUGCCUUUCCGAAGGGGAGUAUUGAUGAAGAAGAAUCCAAGAAAUAUGGUUCAUUACGAAAGCCAAUCAACUACGGAUCUUCAGUUUGCGAGGAUUGUUUUUCGAGCAAUAUGGAUUUUUCUGGAAAAGUGGCCUUAAUUACAGGUGGUGCACAAGGCAUCGGUAGAGCUUACGCUAAUGCCUUGUUGAAUAUUGGAAUGAAAGUAUGCAUCAGUGAUAUCUUAGAAGACACAGCCAAGGAAUACAUGGACCGUCUUCCGGAAAAUCACAAAAAUAAUGUUAUUUUCCAAAAAUGUGAUGUCUCUUCGCUUGCUGAUUUCAAAAAUGCAUUCGAUCGAGUUAUUUCUGAAUUCGGAAGAAUAGACAUGCUGAUAAACAAUGCAGGAGUUUUCAACGAGCAAAAUUACAUGAAGUGCAUUGAAGUGAACUUUAUUGCAGUUGUGAAUGGAACACGACUUGCUUUCGAACAUAUGGACAUUAACAAAGGUGGGCAUGGUGGUCAUGUCAUUAACACAUCAUCCGAAGCAGGUUUGGAUCCAAUGCCUUUAGCUCCUGUAUAUGUUGGAACGAAACAUGCUGUAGUUGGAUAUACCAGGAGCAUUGGAGCUGAAUACCAUUUUAAAAAGACUGGCAUCAAGGUGAAUGCUAUAUGUCCUGGACCGGUCGAUACAGGAUUCUUCAGAGUUUUUCCGACGAAGUGCGUUGAUGUCGAAGAGGCCAAGAAACUAGCCGCAGAAAUGAAGCCUGUCAAGCCUGAGGAUGUUGCCGGAGCUUUGAUUAAGCUACUUGAGGAUGACAAAAAUGGAGCCAUAUUGAGAAUAGAUGUCGAUGGAUUAAGAUAUGUUUAGAAGAAAAAAAUAUAUUUUCAAAAAUUAAAUUCAUCCACUUCAGAAAGUGUUAUGCUAUUGGUGUAAAACUUGACCAACAUUUAAAGAAAAUAGAAAUAGUUAGCAAUUUAUUUUUCUGUCUUAUUUUGAAAUUUUUUCGAAAAAUAUAAGAAAUAUUCUGAUUGUCGAGUUCAUACAAAAUAUCCUGUUAAGUAGAUAUUUCUAUUAUUUUGUUGUAGAUAAUAUUUUGAAAAUUAAACAAUAAUCAGAAAAUGGUAAUCUGAUAUUUUUUUUUUCUGUCGAGUGUUAUAAAGAAAACGUGUGUUCUGUUUCGUAGUUAAUACUUUAAUAAAAAAAUUUAUUACUAUUUUAAGCAACCUUUUUAUAAAAAUAUUUAAAAAAAUGAAAAUUAUUAUAAGAAAAAUUGAAAUUUACCACUCAUUUUUCUGUAUUUU